GUCGCAAUGUGCAUUCCUCCGUCAGCCCUCGCUGUCAUAUCCAUCCUUGCCAUUGUUAAGGCCAGAGCCGCAUAUGUGCCCUUGGACGUCCGCUACCCUCUAGAGCGUCUCGAGAUGCUAUUGCGCGAGAGUGGUGCAGGUCUAUUGAUCACGACCUCGCAGUCGCCAGACUUUGCCAGCGACGCGGAGGAUAUCACUCACCUCGACAUCUUCAACUUCCUCGCCAAGAUCAACCUCACCUCCUCCAUCAACUUUGUCUGUGCUCUUCGCAUGGAUGCUGCCUACGUCAUGUACACAUCUGGCAGCACUGGUGUGCCGAAGGGAGUGGUCAUC